UGGCAGUUGAGCGGUUGAGCGGUUCUCUCCCACAUCCCUGAAUCUACGCAGAGGAGCGUCUUCUCCUCCAAUAUAAGAUGCAAACAUCUCAUCGCGUUUUUCUGUUCUUCCUUCUCCUACACCCUCCUCUACCUGCUCCCUUAAAUUUAUCCCAAUAAAACUCCCUUCCCUUUUCAUACUCUGAAGAAUCAUGCUUCGUUUGUUGAAUCAUUGCUUUAUCGUCAACUCUUGGCGGGGUAAAAUUCGGAGGGCUUCGUGGUAGAAAUUGAUAGUUUCUACCAUUGAAGCAACCGUGAUUUUGCGGCCAUGGAGUUCAUCAUGCUCGCCACACAGUUGAGUUGACACUCGCUUCUGUGAAUACCUACUUAAAUUGCAAAUUAGGGUUUCAAAUUGGGAUUGAUGAUGUUCUGCAACAGGUCCCUUCAUCGCGUAAUUGUUUCCAUUCAAGCAAAUUACGAAUUUUCAAAUUGAAUUUCAUCUUUAAUCGAAUCACCGAUUUUCUUUUUCUAAGUUUUCACUCAAGCGAUUCUUUGGUUCUUACCUCAUUCCUCAAUGUCGAUUUUUUUGUAGAUUUCUAAAGGUAGUUGAUUUUUGCUACUUCUGUUCACUCCUCGGCACUGAUCUUUGAUAUUUCUGUUUAUUUUUCUGAAUGGAUUGUGUUAAUUUUUGUGAAUGGAUUAUCCAUCUGACAGUUUGUGCAUAUGCAGAAUGCAUCAGCAACAGAGUAUGUCUUUCUAACGCGUCUCGCCUGGCUAUUAAGGGGUGAAAUCAACGGGUGGGCUGUGGUUGACCCUGCUCGGAAAUUCAUGGACUCGAAAACAAGAAAUUGCACAGUUGGUACCUGUGAUUUUGUUGGAAAUUAUUAUCAACUAACAGAACAUGCCAGCUGUGUACACCCAGGUGUUAGGCCAACAGAUGUAGACCUUGAACGCGAACUUGAGUGGAGAAGGUUGGAAGAAGAUAUGGUGCAACAAGAUCUGCUCAGUAUGCAGUUGGAGUCGGAUGAUGCCGCUGAAGUCAUUGUUGGCGACGUCACUUGGAUUUGGCAUCUUUGGUAUAGCAUGCCAGAUAGUUCAUCUUUAGAUGAAUCAGACAGUGAUUCGUGAAUGUAGUAUGUCAAGAGAGAAUGCCCGAACCACAAGAAGCAGAACCCCUAAACAUGUCAGACAGAGAUCAAAAAGUUCACCAAGUUCACAUAACCGUCAAGAAUAGGUAACUACAUUGGUUGAGUUCCAUGAGCUUAGCUCAAACCCGCUUUAGCUUUUAUGUUGAUUUCUCUUGGGUUAUUCUGGGUCAGAUAUUGUUUGAAUCCUAUGUUAGUAAUGUCAGAUGUCUUUAGAUCUGCUGCUAGUAUACUGGUACUUUGAUGAUCUGUUUUUGUAUUUUAUUUUGUUUUCUUGGCUGAUUUUCAUUUUGAUUUAAUUGUACAACUUGUAUGGGUUCAUUUUAAAGUAAGUCUAUUUAUGCU